GUGUGGCUCUACACAUAGUAGUGAAGUUUAAUCCUCCUACUAGCGGAGGUCACUCCUCAUUCGUGCUCUUUCGUUCAGUACUGCAGUCUUUCCUCUUCUCUCGCUUCAAGCUCUUUGAAGUAGGCUUUUAUUCCAAAGAUGGCUGGCAGAGGCACAGUGAAGCCCCAAAGUGGAUUCAAUGCUAAUAACGAUGCUGAAGUUCUCUACAAGGCCAUGAAAGGACUCGGCACUGAUGAGGAUGCCAUUCUCAAGCUGCUGACAGCACGCACUAAUGCACAGCGCCAAGAAAUCAAAGCUGCAUACAAAACCCUGCAUGGAAAGGAUUUGGUGGAUAAUUUGAAGUCCGAGCUGGGUGGGAAGUUUGAGAGUCUGGUAGUGGCUCUUAUGGCUCCUCCCAUCAUGUAUGAGGUCACAUGUCUGCGGGACGCUAUUAAGGGUGCAGGCACGGAUGAGAAAGUGUUGGUGGAGAUCUUGGCAUCCAGGUCACCUAAUGAAGUCAACCAGAUCAAAAGUUUAUACAAGCGAGAGCAUAACGAGGACCUGGAGGAAGAUGUGACUGGUGACACUGGAGGUCAUUUCAAGAGGAUGCUGGUUGUUUUGCUACAAGCUAGCAGACAGCAGGGUAUACAAGAAGACCUCAUCCAAAGCGAUGCCCAGGCUCUGUUUGCUGCAGGAGAGCAGAAGUAUGGAACUGAUGAAGGCCAGUUCAUCACUAUACUGGGAAACCGUAGUAACGCUCACCUUAGGAGAGUGUUUGAGGAGUAUAGGAAGCUCUCAGGGUAUGAAAUAGAGGAGAGCAUCCAGAGAGAGACCUCAGGAACCCUUGAAGAAGUACUGCUGGCUGUGGUAAAGUGUGCCCGCAGCGUGCCAGGCUAUUUUGCUGAUAGCCUUUAUGGUGCCAUGAAGGGGGCAGGCACCGAUGACCGGACACUGAUCAGGAUCAUGGUUUCCCGCAGUGAGGUGGACAUGCUGGAUAUCCGUGCCGAGUUCCGCAAGAGGUUUGCUACCUCUCUGCACAAAAUGAUUCAGGGUGAUACCUCAGGUGACUACCGUAAAGCCCUGCUGCUGCUGUGUGGUGGUGAUGAUGCAUAAAGCCUGCCUCUGGGUCGGAUCCCAUGACUCUGUAGGACGAGGGCCUAGUCCCUUUCUGAACCCAAUUCAUGACAAAUUACAAAAACGUGACAUUCCAAAUCAAAAGAAGGAUCUCUUGUCCAACUGUGAAGAUGCUCUGCAUAGCACAGAAUUACUUAAAUAAGCUCAAAUAAGCACUAAGCAAAAUGUGGCACUCAAAUUCAUGAAGCACGAUUUAUCAUAGAUUUAGAGAGAUUUAGAUAUUUUAGUAUAAACUUAAAAAUUAUGAGGCACUUUCUCUAUUCCAUAUGCAAAGAAAACCCCUUCUCUGCUUGUCUUAUGCAGUCCAUCAUGGGGGAAAAAGUCCCACUCUUUAAAGAUGAAAACUCAAGCCUUAAGAAGUUUCUGAAAACAUAUAGUAAGACCAAAGAACUGUAAUCAGUGAAGCAAUAUUUUAUAUGCAUUCAGCAAUUUUUCAUGUAUUUAUUGUUUGUAUAUUUACUAACUACCUUGACAUUUCAGUGUAUAGCGAUACAUAAUCGGCAUCAAUCACAAGUUUAUUUCACUGUUGACCUCUCUGCAUGUGUUUUUAAAACUAGAUUUGUGGAAGUUAAAGGAAAGAUUCACUGUGCUUUCGGUGACGGUGGUUUGGAAAAAAUGACAGAAAGAAUUACCCGUGAUUGGCACAUUGAUGUAAUCACACAAACGAUAAUGAGCUAAAUGUUAUUAAUAUUCAUUAAAAGUUGUUACUUGUUCAUUAAAAGGUGCUACUGCUAAAAUAUUUUAAUAUUUCAUUACCAUAAUGUUCAAAAUAAACACUCAUGAACUAAAGGCAAA